UGCCCUUUCUGUUGCUUCUGCUGGAUUAGCUGGCGCUUGGAUCUUCCUUGAAAAAUCUACUAUUUAUUUCGGCCAAAUCCGUUAAAAGCAAUCACAAUGGCUAGGAAACGAGUCAGGUUUGGAGGGUUGGCCCCAGUCAUUCCUAGCCGAAGCAGAGGAGAACAGGGUCAAUCCAUUCUAAAGAACAGUACCUCACGCAGUGUCUAUACAACAAAGAAUUCCCCAUACGUUGACUUCCUCCCUGAAUACGACCAAGACAUGUAUGUGGUAUCAUCAGUACCGCGAGCAAGGCGCGAGGUCAUUGACUAUGAGGCUGAAUUAGAUGACAGCAUUUCGAAAAUGAAACGCGCACAACGACUUGGUAAUGCCACUUUGGACGACACAGAUGCCCUUUACAAUAGAUCUAGACGCAGCGAUAGGGGUCUCCUGGACUCAAUUACAGAUAGUUUGCAAAGGAUGGAAAUGGAGAAUGUAAAAAUUGAUUCUGAAAUCAAAGAUAAAGUUGGAUUCAGGCGUUUCCUCCACCAGAAAAAGCGUCGAGAAGCAAAAGGAGAAGAACCUGCGAGGGUAAAACGUAAAGAGGUUAGGAAUAGAGUGAAGGACAGUUCCCUUAGAGUUGAUCCCCUAAAGGUUGCGCAUCUUCAGAUGAGGUAUCUUGGUAAAAACGCUGGGUUUGAUGAUGUCCCAAUGUCGAUAAGAGCUGGCAUAGAAACGCAAACCAUGCGUAACAACUGGGUGCCAAAGGCGAGGGUCCCUUUUAAAGAAAGAUCAAGUAACGAUGAUGUGUAUGUACCCAAAGAAACACGCCCAAGGCGCGAGGAUAAACAGUUGGAUGCAAUUGUCGAUAGAGUUGCUCAACUUAGACGCCAGCUGGAUGAUACAACCAGAUGCAGCCGUAACUUCUUUGAAGACCUUGACGAAGAUAUAGAGGAAACAAGGCGUCCAAAGAGGCCUCUACCACCGCCAGUGGAAGAGGAGGACGAUAUUGGAGAGGCAGCCCGAAACAUUUACGUCGUCGGUGGGUCUAAGGAUGAUAUUGAUCCGAAAGCAUUUGAUCACCUUGAACCCGGGGAUUACAUGGUAAUCACUGGACCUUCCGAUGAAACGAAAAGGGAAAGCUUCUUCACGACUCAAAGACGAAUCAUUGAUGCGGAAAUGAACCUGCAUCAGCCAGAUUUGCGACGCCCAAGGUCCAUGCUGUUGGGAUCAGCCUCCGAUGUUGAUGAUAUCUAUGACGACAAGGAUGAUUUUGAGAGGAGACCCAUCAAGUACUCUGCUAUAACUGCAAAGAAAUCGGCGGGUUUAGGGGCCGGUGUGUCAAGGUAUGGAUCAGCAGUGCCACCUAGGCCAGCAAGCAUUGCUACAAGUAGGGGACCACGCUAUCAGCCCCUUUAUACCGGGGACAGGGCUGAAUUGUACCGAACUCCUGAUUGGGACGGUUAUUCCACCACAUGUUCGAACCUUAAAGAUCGUAUGAAAGAUGUUGUAUACAGUAACAGCGUUCAGAAAACUCUCCUGGACCGCUUUAUACCAUAUGACAUGCGAGCUCCAAUUGAUGAAGUUGACUAUAUGGUCGAUAAGAAAUACAACGAGGUCGCUGAGAGAAUCCCGUCGUUGUACAGGACUGCAAACUUUAAAAGUACAAGCAGGGAUUCUGAGGUAUCCAGGCCUCGCAGGAGUGCAAGGUCUGCCUCUGUUCCCCCGAGUUAUGGAGGCGGCCAGCCAAUCUCGAAGACAAGGGCACAUAUAAGAGAUGUCAUCGCAAAGACCCGCAAGGACCCAGGGUGGUUCCAUUAGGCAGAAGUGUGCCCAAAUGUCUGUAAGAGCGUAUUAGAUUUCGUUGGAAGUUGUGCCUAUGUAAAGGGGACUAAAACACGGAUGCGAUUUAAGGAAGUGUAUAAAGAGGGCGUCAGUAUCUGGAUUACCUCCCAAUGAAACUAAAGUGCAAAUUAAACCAUUUCACAAUUACAUCACUGCCAGUUACAUUUAACAUAAUAACAAAGUUAGAUGCUUUUGACACAAAAACAUACAAUAUGAUUUGCAGAAAAUAUCAACUCACAGAUAUAGACAAUUAAGACAACAUGCACAAGGACAAUAGCGCAAUGUUAGUAUUUUGAAAGGGUAGCAGUUGAUGGACCGCUACCGAAGAUCUUACCAUUACCCUUCAAUAAUUUGAUAUGCUCGUUAGAGUAACUUCGGCAAUCAUCGGCCAUCUUCGUGACAUAAACAUUGGCAAUCUUAUAGUUUUGGACCGCAAUCGAAGAUGGCCGAAGAUCCGCUAAGGAAUCUGAUUGGUUACUUGAAAAAUCUUCGGUCCUUUCCGUGAGUCUUCGGCCGCGGUGCAUCGGCGCUCUCCUUUUUAUUUAAAGUGUUUAAUGUCUAAGUGAUAUCCCGGGGUCCCUGGUAUUAUGUUUCCGUAGUGUUCAUUAAUCAAUCUACAUGUUUAGGUCCAUUCGUCCAGUUCAAUCUAUUGUUUACUUUACAGGAUCCUUACUGUAUUUUAUUUAUGUUAUUUGAGUUUAUUUAAAUUUCCGCAUAUUAACUUUAUGAUAGAUAUAUUUAAAUGUACAGGCGUAAACUGUUUCUAUCGAGAAAUAACGCACGUGGGAAAGUUAGCAAAAUACUAGGAAAUUGCCAAAUGUAGAUUGUGUAAUACAUGACAGUGGAAGAGUUACGGCUGCCAGGACAUAAUGUAUAUUACAAUAGCAGGUCAAUUAUGUUGAGCAGUCAGGGAGGAAGACUGAAUUACCUAUUUCCAUCCUAAGGACUUCAGUAAUUCUGUUUUUCUCCGAUUGGCUGUAAAGUAGUGUAUAUAAUAUUAUUUGCAUGAGCCUAUUUAUAACACGUGGAGUAUAGAACUGAAGCUAAGCGUCCUGGAGUGCUAACAAAAUGCUUAUCUUAAAAUAGCUAAAUCAUGUUUUAAUCAAUACUCAAACUAGUCAAAAGAUGUCUCUGCACAACAAGACUAAGUCCUUGACGACAGAAUAUUUAAGACGUUUGUAAUCUUUAUAAAUAAUUAUGUCAGUUGUAAAUUAAACACAUUUGAUAAUUUAUCCUUAUUUAUAAACAUGUACAUUGCAAAAAUAAAGUUCAUUUAUUGUUUUCAAUCCAUAAAGUUGUGUUGGUUUUUCGAUUAUUUUCUUUGUACCAAUUAAAGUAUUUGAUAACUAAGUGGCGGGAAAACCCCAGAGCUCAGACCUCAAAAUUAUCUCUCUUGCUUUCCACUUUCGUUUGUCCGAAUUUCUACUAUUAACUUAUUGAAUAC